UACUUUCUAAACGCCCUGCCAAUCACAUAAAAGUUAUCGCGAGUCGGGAUAUCAAGCAAUUGAAACAUUUUUGUUAAAAGCAAAAAACCAUAUCCAACGAACGAACGAUAAGCUUAAACACAGCCGCUGUGUCAAGCGCGAGAGAGAGGGCGCACAAAAUAAUUUGAUAAACUGACGAUUCACAGUACACUCAUCAGUAUGCUUUUAGCAUCAAGCAUAAACGGGUGUAAGUGUUAUCGACCAUCAUAUUCAACGGCGACAUUCCUUAAAUUAAAACCAUCACGUGUUUUCUAAAGUGAAUUAAAAUUUAAAUGUUACGACGCACAGUGUAGGCAAGCGUCACUAAAUGAGAGUCUGAUAACCAACCGAUGCGCACACACACUGGCACUCCAUCCAUCAAAAUUUCCUUUCAUGAGUAUGCUGCCAAUCAAUCUAACACAAACAAUGUGUUGUUCAAAACAGUUUUCCAAAAAAACAGUAGCUGUGCAUAUCUCGCCCUCUUCAAUGUUUAUCUCUUGGAUACACUGUUUAAACCUGGUGGUAUUUAUGGCAGCAUGUGCAAACGGCAAUACCUGCACCGUUUCAAAUCCGUCUAGUUGGGAGGCAAUAAUUGAAUGCCCCAACUUUAACGUUAAUCUUACAUAUUAUGAAGACGACAACUAUCUAGAAGUGAUAUGUCCAAACAUGCCUAACUUUGAGUUGCUACGAGACCUCCCAGAUCUACCGAGCUUUACGGUCAACGAGCUGGUUUAUCGGAACUGCCCACUCCCAGUCAAUAAUCAGUCACUUAUCGAACUGCUUUCGGCCUUUGUUAAUCGCUCCAAUCAGUCAUAUAUCAAUAAAUUAUUUCUCAUUGACAAUGCAGAACUAUCUGAGGAUAUCACGUUGGAUCCGCAGCUGUUUGCCGGACUAUUCAAAUUACAAUUCCUUUUAAUACAAAACCUUGCUGAUAUCUCGUUUGACAAUCCUCUGCUGUUCAGACACCUGCCCCAGUUAAAGAAAAUCGAAUUUCACGGUAGAAAUCGUGUUUCUGGAACAAUCUUACAACAACUGAAGCAACUCAAAGAACUUUAUAUGCAUAAUUCGGACAUGAAAAAACUACCAAAAGAGCUAGUUUCCAAUCUGCCUAAACUUGAGACUCUGUACCUCGACAAAAAUAAACUCAAGCAUGUUAGUCAGUUUACCACGCUACCGAAUCUUAUGUAUCUAAACAUCAGUUCUAACCAACUAGUGAAACUACAAGAAAACGUGUUCAGUAGGCUGCCGAAACUCAAGAUACUUGACCUAUCGUCAAAUAAACUGAAGAGACUUGCCACCGAUUUGUUCAUGGAAAACAACCACCUGGAAGUCUUUAAGGCAGAUGAUCAGAAAUGUUCGGAACUUGUACUAGAAAAAAAUGUGUUCACUGAGCAAAAAUUUCUUAAGGAAGUGUCUUUAUCCAACUGUAAAAUAACCGCACUACCGGAAGGAAUUUUUCAACAUUGUCUCCAACUAUUCAAAGUUGACCUGAGCCACAACAAAUUACAAAGCCUUCCGGAGGAUCUGUUGAGUGAUUCGUUCGCUGUAGAGCUUUAUUUACAGCACAACGAAUUUAUUAACAUGCAGCCCGAAUCUCAGCUGCUUGGAGCAAAUGAUGUGUGUUUUCUAGACCUUAGCCACAACAAAAUUACAACGUUGAGCAUACAACUACUGAAAUCUUUCAGCUCUUUGAAACAGUUACAACUUCACAAUAACCAGCUGUAUAUGAUCGAUGUUGAUGCAUUUAAAUCGCAGUCACAUUCACUAAUAUUUCUCAAUCUCAGCCACAAUCGACUGACACUACAUGAGAAUAAUGAUCGGAUGAUUAACAGUACAUCCUGGAUACUUUUUCGCCCUUUAAUCAAACUUGCGCACUUGGAUCUUUCGUACAACGAAAUUACCAACAUAUUUGAUCACUUUAAAAAUUUCAUGGAUAAUCUUCAAUCUCUUGACCUGUCGCACAACUUUAUCACACACAUCAGCUAUACAGAUUUUCCAUUUCUGUCGGCCAAGAUUAACCUGGUCAAUUUGGAGUCAAACAAGAUUACACAUCCCGAUUUCGACCUCAGCCGCAUUGAACCACUCCAUCGCUUACCCAACGAAAUAUUUCUCGCUGAUAAUCCACUCAACUGUGACUGUAUUUCAUCGUCGCUAGUCACAUAUCUACAGGUGCAUUUGAAUGCCAGUAAAUCAAUCCCACUAAAGGGACUUCAAUGCGCUCAGCCACCCGCGCUGUUUGGACGUAAACCGCAAACACUGCGCGCGGAGGAUCUGCUUUGUGAAAAAGAAACAUUAUUUGGUUUCUGUCCGAUCGAGUGCAAAUGCUACAAACGGCCCGUUGAUCAGGCGGCCAUAAUCAACUGCACCGCUGCUAAUCUUACCCGUGUUCCCGUCAUCAAAAGCCCAUCGAUCAUCAAAUGUAGUUUUAUCGAGCUGCAUUUGGAACUGAAUAAGCUAAAUGCCCUAUCUAACGGAAGUGAAGGAUGGAAUACCGUUCGCCGGCUUUACAUCUCAAACAACAACUUCACCACUCUGCCUGGAGAUCGUCUGCCCGAACAGCUCGAGCUUCUCGAUGUCUCUGGCAAUCAAUUGACCAAGGUCGACGUAGCCUUCAUAAUCAAGCUGAAUCAUACCGCUCUCCGAAACAUCAGCCUGUCAGCGAAUCCUUGGGAUUGCCACUGUGAAAAUCCACUGCUUGCGUUCGCCGUCGAUAAUGCAGCACGCAUUACGGACUUCUCCACCCUCCAGUGCUCCGACGGUCAACCGAUCAACUCGGCUACACUGAACGAGCUGUGUGCUUGGACGACAACCCUCAGUUUCUAUAUCAGUUCGGCAGUUUCACUGUUACUUAUUGUAUGCUUACUCGCCAUCUGGUUGUACAUGAAAUACAGCCUGGAGAUCAAAGUGUGGCUCUUCAAGCAUAAUUUGCUACAGUGGUUGGUCACGGAGGAGCAAAUCGAUAUGGAUAAGCGAUACGAUGCAUUUAUUUCGUACUCGCACAAGGAUGAGGAGUUCGUCACAGACCAGCUGUUACCGAGGCUUGAGAGCGAAGAGCUCAAUUUCAAAAUCUGCUGGCACGUGCGUGACUUUAUGCCGGGCGAGAUGAUUGCCUCGCAGAUCACGAAAGCUGUCGAGGAUUCACGACGCACCAUUAUCAUCCUCUCGCACAACUACCUCGAGUCUGUGUGGGGUCAGAUGGAGUUUAGCACUGCGUACUUACAGUCCUUGGAGGACAAGCGCAACCGCGUCAUUCCCAUCAUCUACCAGGAUAUUGGCGAUAUCGAUCAGCUCGACCCAGAGCUCCAAGCGUAUCUCAAGACCAACACUUACGUCCGCUGGGAUGAUCCAUGGUUCUGGGAUAAGCUACACUACGCCAUGCCCCGGCGCUGCCCAAAGCACGAUCAGGCAACUGGCAACAUUCCCAUGUUGUCUUUGAACAAGCAACCCGCGGUUUCUACAAACAUUUAUUAGCUCUUCAGCUUUCUCGUCAUCUUCAAUGGCCCACGACGCUUCAUUGUACUAUCUGAUCCUGCUGUUUUUACUGACAUCAAACGCCUGCGGAAAUGACUGCAUCGUUUCAAAUCCGUCUAGCGUGCAAUCCAAAAUUGAAUGUUUCCAUUUUGACAUUUACACGGACUUAAUGAGGGUUACAUGUUCGAAUAGGCCCGACUAUAAGCUGCUUCAACACACUCCAAAACUAGAGCGCUUUACUUUCAAAGAGCUGAUUUAUCAGAACUGCUCACUCCCGAUCGGCAAUCAGUCACUUGUGGAGCUGCUUUCGGCCUUUCUCGAUCGCACUCAGCUAUCAUAUACCAGUAAAAUGUCCUUGAUAGACAAUACAAAACAUUCCACGAAUAUCACAUUGGAUCCGCAGCUAUUUGCUGGACUUCAAAAACUACACACUCUUGUCAUACAAAAUCUUGCUGACAUCUCGUUUGACAAUCCUCUGCUGUUCAGACACCUGUCAAAGCUAAAGAAACUCCAUUUUUACGGAAGGAAUCGUGUUUCUGGAAAAUUUGUAUAUCAACUCAGGCAACUCUCACAUCUUUACAUACAGAAUUCUGACAUGGAGAUACUACCAAAAGAGCUAGUUUCUAACCUGCCUAAACUUGAGACUCUGUACCUCGACAAAAAUAAACUCAAUCAUGUCAGUCAGUUUACCACGCUACCGAAUCUUAUGUAUCUAAACAUCAGUUCUAACCAACUAGUGAAACUACAAGAAGACGUGUUCAGCACGCUGCCGAAACUCAAGAUACUUGACCUGUCGUCAAAUAAACUAACAAGACUUGCCACCGAUUUGUUAUCGGAAAACAACCACCUGGAAGUCUUUAAGGCAGAUAAUCAGAAAUGUUCGGAACUUGUACUAGAAACACAAUUGUUCGCUUAUCUACGAUUUCUUAAGGAAGUGUCUUUAUCCAACUGUAAAAUAAUCGCACUACCGGAAGGACUUUUUGAAGAUUGCUUUAAACUAAUCAAAGUUGACCUUAGCCACAACAAAUUACAAAGCAUUCCGGAGGAUCUGUUUCGAGAUUUGAAAAACUUGCAAGAGCUUUAUUUACAAAACAACGUGUUGACGAACCCGCUACCAGACACCUUACUGCGUGAUGCAAUUAAUUUGUGCAUUCUUCACCUUGAAAAAAACAAUAUAAAA